AUGGCCGUUAGCUCUGCCGCAUAUGGCCGUCAACGCUACAUCUCAUCUCGGACGGUGGAGAGCGUCGCAAAGCAGCUUACUGGGCGCGUCUACGAGGUUCUGAGCGAGCAAGCAGCCCUGCACGCCGCAGACCCCAACUCUUACCGCGACAACCACGUCAGCGUCGCCCAACUCCGCGACGACAUUCUCCGCGACGAGUAUUCCACCUGGCGCCGCAAGAAAGUCUGGGACGCCGUACAGAAGAAAGUCGAGCGCAACUCCAACGUACGGCCUAUGGUGCGCGAGGGCAGGAGUGGCGAUGUGGGGAGGGUGUGGGAGUGGGUCGGCGCGGUGGGGAGGUUGGAGAGUUCGCCGCAGAGUGGGGGGCAUGAGAGGAGGAAGAGUGGGAGGGUAAGCUUUGGCGGGGAUACGUUUAUUGAGCCGCGAAGGGAGGAGGAGGUGGGGGAGGUUACGCGGUGGAAGGAGCAGGGGGGGUAUUAUUGA